CUAUAUACAGAGUUUGACGGUGCGCGCUUGUGUAUCGCAUACGAAGAAUGCUGCUGCAAAGAAAAACUGAACUCAAACUGAAGUUGUGGCGACGAUCGAGACGACGACAACGACGACGACAGCGAUCCAAAAGGCAGCUGCCCAUAAGCCAAACGCGACUCCAACAUUGCACACGCGCUCAUCUUCAACUGUCGCUGACAAUAGAAGGAAAUUAAGCCGCAACGACCUGUGCUAUUGUUGUUGCUGGUGCUGCUGCAAGGCAGGUAUACAAAAGGAAAAGCCGACACACGAUCCCGAUCACGAUCCUUGUUUUUAUUGACACACGUACUAAACGCACUUGUCAUCGCCGGCAAUUGUAGAGUUUUAUCAACUAGCUGACGCCAUGAGCACCAGCUCCAAUGAUGAAUAGCUGAUGGAUUCACUCAGCUGUGCCAGCUCCGAAGGAAAAACGAUUUUCUAUUGAAAACUCUUCCAGCGACCAACUCAACUACAUAUGUAUGUAUGUACACACACAUAUAAGAAAAAACAAUCCCGAUACGGAAUAAAAAAUCGAAAGUGGGGAUCAUUGGCCAGACGCAGGUUGUCGCCAGCGGACGUCAAACGGCAAUCGGCUUACGCGUGAUGAGUGAUCAAUUGCUGAGCGCUGCCGCGGACGAUCCACCAGCACUAAUACCCACGCCCGUGUCAUUGCCCAGCGCAUACAGUAUCGAUGCAGAGUCCACGGAGCAGCCGGUGCUGCUUGAGCUGGGCGCCGCACAGCCGGCGGCGGCGGCGAUAGCGAGUCUUAACUAUACACUAGCACCGGAUGGAGGCGGACUGCUCACCUAUACGGCCCCACAUGCGCACAGCCUCAACUAUUCGCCCACAUUCUCAUCCGGCUAUGAUAAGCAGCCGCAUCCUCAGCACAAUCUCAGCCUGAUAGCGCCCGGUAUGGGCAGCGCGGCGUACAGCAUCAGCAUACCACAGACGGUGUCCAUGUGGCAUGGUGGCUGUGCGCCCGUUGUUGAACCCAAACGCAGUGAACUGGUCGCUGUGCCACCGCCCACAUAUAUGACCUAUAGCGGUGGCGGAAGCGGCGGUGCCGUGGAAGUGGAGAUCGCCAAGGAACAGAAUCCGGCAUGGCGCGAAAAGGCCUUGCAAAUGGAGAAGGACUAUAGGCGCACGGCCUGUGAUCGGGAGCGUACGCGCAUGCGCGAUAUGAAUAAAGCCUUUGAUCUGCUGCGCUCCAAGCUGCCCAUAUCGAAGCCCAAUGGCAAGAAGUACUCCAAAAUCGAAAGUCUGCGCAUCGCCAUCAACUAUAUUAAUCAUCUGCAGGCCAUGCUGCGCGAAAAUCAUGUUCUGCCCGAAACGGAAUUGGUUUCCUUCAAGUGCAGCAGCCGCUCCCUGCAGUAUGAUGCCCAGGGCCAGCACCACAAUCACUCCGCCAGCUACGAAUAUGAGAACAGCGCCUCGGCGGCUACGUCCUCUCAAAAUGGUUGCACUUGGAGCGGGGGCAGCAGCAGUUCACCCAACUAUGAAACCAAUUCCAAGGAUCAUUGGAACACGUAGUGUUCGUAGAUCAGCAGGAUCAAUGUGCAAUUGCCAAAGAAUGUUUCGGAUUUCAAAGUUUUCAUAGACGAACCUUUUUUGGUUUUGUAGAUAUCGCAUACCAGUGUACUAUGGAUAAUCUUACCUGUUUUUCCAGUAUAAGACAAAAUAAAUUUUAUUCUCGAUAAACCUAAAUGCAACGGGCGACCUGUCAACAUUGGGGGUAUCCGUAUUAUUUGUUCAGCUUGGCUAUUGUAAUCUUAAGCUAAGUUCACAAACCUUUGAUUUUUAGAAAAAAAAAAACAAAACAAACAAUU